AUGAACGUUUUGGCAGUGCUUGCGACACUCAUUGUCGCCUAUGUCGUCAUCACCAGGCUCAAUAUGGCCCGGCGCCGGCGCCGGUUCCCUCAGGCGGCUGACCCCCGAGCCUACGCCAAUGACCACGCCCUAGGCUUUCAAAACAUGUUUAAAGUGACUCAGGCGAUUAAGGAAGGCCGUCUUCCUCGCCACGCCCUCGCCCGCUACCAAAAAUAUGGCAGUUCGACGAUUAAGCUCCCCGUGGCCGGUUCCGAUAUUAUCGUCACCCGCGACCCAGAAAACAUCAAGGCCAUUCUCCUGACUCAAUUUCCUCAGUUCUCAUUGGGAUUACGUCACGCUCAGUUCUUCCCGUUGCUUGGUGACGGUAUUUUCACGCUAGACGGUAACGGGUGGAAACACCUGAGAACGAUGCUACGCCCUCAGUUUGCCAGAGAACAAGUGGCCCACGUUCGCCUGUUGGAGCCUCACGUGCAAAUGCUCGCUCGCCACAUUGAUUUGGCUGAUGGUGGCGAAAUCGAUAUCCAGGAACUCUUCUUUAAAUUGACGCUUGAUGCCGCUACCGAAUUCCUCUUUGGCCAAACGGUGGGGCUGUUACAAGAAGCUAAAAUCGGAGCUACGCCUCCCCUUGAUGUCCCUGGGAGAGACCGCUUCGCCGACCUGUUUGGCUACCUGCAACGAGUGCUCGCUAAAAGAGCCGGGUUAAACAAAUUGUUUUGGUUAUGUAAACCAUCGGAAUUUACCGAACUGAGCCGCCAAAUCCACCAGUUUACCGACUUUUACGUCAACAGCGUCCUCAAGUUGCUGCCGGAAGAAUUGGAAAAGAAUUCCCUGGGUAACUAUACGUUUUUGUACGAGUUGGCUAAACACACUCGGGACCCGCAAGUGCUUAGAGAUCAGGCUCUUAAUAUCCUUUUGGCCGGUAGAGACACCACUGCCGGCUUGCUUCUGUUUCUUUUCCAUGAGCUUGCUCGUUAUCCUAAGGUGUUUGCUAAGCUUAGAGACGAAGUGGUCUCAGUAUUUGGUGAAGGCGAAGACGCUCACGUCGACGAUAUCACCUUUGAACUGUUGAAACAAUGCGAAUACUUGAAGGCAGUGAUCAACGAGACGUUGAGACUUUACCCUUCUGUCCCCAGUAAUAGUCGUCGCGUGGAAGAGGAUACUACCCUCCCCCGAGGCGGUGGAGUUAAUGGUGAUAAACCCGUGUUCGUCCCCAAAGGAUCACUGGUACUGUACCAAGUAUACUCGAUGCACCGUGACCCUAAAUACUACGGUGAGGAUGCUGAAGAGUUCCGUCCCGAGCGGUGGUUUGAACCUGAGACUCGUAAAUUGGGGUGGGCCUAUUUACCGUUUAACGGUGGGCCCCGGAUCUGUUUGGGACAGCAAUUUGCUCUUACUGAAGCGUCUUACGUGACCGUGAGACUCUUACAAAUGUUCCGCCACAUUGACGACUAUAAUGAUGGUCGAGUGAGACUUGAUACCCACUUGACCAUGUCUCUCUUGGACGGGUGUAAUAUCGGUCUCAGAAGAUAA